AUGUCCUCUACUCCCCCAUCCUCACCAUCGUCAGAUCAGCGACUUCAAGGCGAACCGAGCGAAAUCACCCAGAAGGCGCCAACUCAAAUUCGAGCAACAUGUACUCACAAUCGUGAAGGAAGGAUCAUAGUGCUCAGCGCGGACGGGACAGCGAAUAAAUUUGGAGAGAAGAGCACGAACGUAGUCGAGUUCCAUAGCCGUAUUGUCAAGAGCAAGAAGCAAAUCACCUUCUACAUCAGCGGCAUCGGCACGCACAACCCAUCGCCCGUAGGACGCCUACUUGACAUGGCGUUUGCGAAUUCAUUCGAAACGAACAUACUGAUAGCAUAUAAGUGGCUGGCGGAGAAUUAUGAGGAAGGAGAUCGAAUAUUUAUGUUUGGCUUCUCUCGGGGAGCAUACCAAGUCCGCGUCAUUGCAGGAAUGAUUGAAAGGGUCGGACUAAUCUACCCAGGAAGUACUGCCCAACUCCCUGACGUGUUCAAACUCUAUAUGUCGACAACGGAAAGAUCAACCAAUACCAAAACCAAGAAAUACGAGAAGGCAAUGGUAUUAUGCAGAACAUUCAAGAAGGCAUUCUCACAGCGCGAUGUCAAGGUCCAUUUUGUCGGCGUCUGGGAUACGGUCUCAUCGAUUGGUGUUACAGGGAGGGCGAGUCUCCCGGAGACCGUCUCAGGGAUGUCCCAUGUGUGUCACUUUCGCCAUGCCCUUGCGCUCGAUGAGCGGCGGGUCAGGUUCUGGCCUGAACCAAUAGUCCAUGUAGAUACAUUAUAA